AUGUUUGCAUCCCUCGUUCAUCAUCGCUAUCGAUACUUGCUCUCUUCAUUCUCAUACACUUGGAUAAAUCUUUAUGUUUCUACUGGCUCAGAACGUAAUCUGAACCCUAAACAAGCAUGCCUAAAGCGUCGUGAGGAGGAGAAGUGUGAGGAGCCGAAGCCAUCAAUUGCAGCCUCUCUCGCCUUAACACCUGGCUCCGGGCCUCAGGCGCCUGGAGGCCUUCUUAUGUCAACGGGGUGUGCUACUACUGUAGCACCAGUUGGGUCUUCUAUUGAGACCUGCACAUAUCCACAAGUCACAAUAUCCGUAUCUCCACAGACGCCUGGGCACCACAGAUCAUCCCAUCAGCCUCUACCGUCACAGUCUGGACCUACGACUACAGGUCACCAUCCUCACGUUCAACAGCAGCAACAACAACUUCAUCAUUCACAUUCACACCACUCACAUUCUAGUACUUUGCAGCACCAACAUCAGCCACAGCAGCAUCCACUUGAUCACCAGCAGUCCCGUAUAUCUUCGUCCACUGACGGACAAACUCCCAAUAUCGCCUCGAUUGACCAUGUGGGCGGCAUUAUUGGUAUGUCUGCCUACGAUGUGAGCAUGCACCACCAGCCUGCAGGUUAG